AUGAGGUCAUCCACUCAAACCCUCACCAUCGUGGCCGGGCUUGUCGUAAGACUGGCCUGUGCUGUUGAUGUACAGCAGAACUACACAAUAUGUAACUGGGCACGACUGCGAGCCGGUGCUAUUCGAGAUUCGGUGUAUCUCGACGGCGGUCUUUUAUGGUGGCAGACUGCCUUCGCCGAUGGUACUACUCCAGUAGUGAGUAGUGAUGGCAAUGUUGCUGGCGAUAUGUUUCGUCUGAACUUUUCGACUCUGUUCGAUACGACAAAGACCAACUUGUCUGCUUUAUUUGAAAAAAUGUCAAAAGCUGGAGGAGCAGGCAACAAUAUUGCUCCAAACUAUGUCGAUGGAACCAUGUUCACCAAUGAUGGUGAGCUGUACCUCUAUGGUGGUCUGCCUCGCCUCACCGACUCUGUCGCUCCCCAAAGCGAGAGCUCCGUCCUCGGCUAUGAAGCUUUUCAAUACGGGACGGAUCGUCCAAGUUGGUCACCGGGAUUCUACCAAGGAAAUCUGCCAGAUAGUGUGACUCGGUAUAUCAGUAAUGGCGCAGGAACAUCUGCCCCAAGUGAGAAUCUUGGAUUCUACUUCAGCGGCAUGAGAGCACCAGAAUGGGAUCCAAUAUUCUACGAAGAUUCGUCGGCAAAUGUUACGGCCAAAACACUUAUCACCGUAGACAUGUCAACAAUGAGAAGCGAAAAAUGGACCAACACAACAUUACCUGACAAUAUACCACCACGGGCAAAUGCUGAACUGGCCUGGGUUCCAGUAUCUGAGAAAGGUGUGUUGGUUGCCAUUGGUGGUGUCACCGCCCCAGAAGAGAUCUGGGCAACUGGGCUCAAUGACUCGCAGACCUCACAGAGUCGGGAACAAAGUCCCAACUUCAUGACAUCCUUACCUGUAUAUGAUGUUGCAUCGGGCGACUGGUAUCUGCAGAAUACCACAGGCGAGGCUCCAGGACAAUUGACAGAGUUUUGUUCUGUCGUUGCUCCUGCGAAGGACUCGUCCUCCUUCAACAUUUACAUAUACGGAGGCUAUGAUGGCCUCAAUGCUGGCGAUGUUCCAUCAGACGACGUAUGGGUCCUUUCAAUUCCAUCAUUUACCUGGAUCAAGGCAUACACAGGUACCGGAACACAUGGACGAUCUGGACACUAUUGUGUGGCGCCCUAUCCAGAUCAAAUGCUCGUCAUUGGAGGCGUUUAUCAAAACCAAGCCAACUGUGUUGAGGGCGGUAUCAUUCAGGUGUUCAAUCUCAAUACGCUGGAAUUCCAAAACACCUAUGACCCGGUCAUCUGGUCUGACUAUAAAGUCCCAACCAUCGUGUCUAAGGCCAUAGGAGGCGACGCCUCAGGCGGUGCAACCAACACAGCCAUUUGGUCCGACAACGCACUAGGUGGUAUCUUUAGCCAAAAGUACCCUCGACAGAUGACCCACUAUUACCCGUAUGAGUCCAACAACAGUAGUGCCUUGAAUGGUACAAGCAGUGACCCACCCAGUGGCAGUUCAGGCAUAAGCCACGGAGCCAUCAUUGGCAUCAGUGUCGCAGCAGGAACCAUAUUCUGCUUUGUCCUCAUUCUCUGUGCGCUGUUGAUCCGACGGCGCCGAAUCAUCCGCAGCACAUCGUCCGAGAAAUCAGUUGCAUCGGGUAACAGCCGAGUGAGCCGUUGGCUCAAUGGGGCAACCUUCGCAGCAGCCAAAUCCAAGCACGACUCGAUAUCCCCACCACCGAUGCAACAAGCCCACAACUAUGCGCACAUCUCUGAGGAGUCGACACCACCCCUCCAACCCCAGCGCCACGAGAUGGCAGGCACAGAAAGACCAAAGCCGCCGUACGAGCUUGCCACCGACUACAACAACCAGCAGCAUCCGCGGCACUCGACGAUCCCAGACUACGCAUACAACGCGGCCUAUGGCCAUACUCAUUCAGACAACUCCCAAUCAACCUCGUCAGGCGAAUACCGUCCGUCGACGCUCAAUAGUGACAGCCUGAACGGCGCCUCACCGCUGCGCACCGUACGCUACCCGGCUGGCCCCACGUCAGCACCAGGUCAGUACACUGCAGGACCACACGAAGAUGUCUCCGACCCCAGCAGUCAGUACGGGUCAUCGUCAUCCGGCACGAACGAGACAAUCGCAUGGCCGUUCCCAGCUGCGACGAACCGAUGGCGCACGCACCGUGCCCGCGUCGAGCGGGAGGGCGGCAGCGAGAGCUCCUCGCUGCAGCCCAUCAUCAUGGAAGAAUCGCGCCCCGAACAACAACAGCAACAGUCCCGCGAUGCCAGGGGCCUCGGCGGCGAUGGCUACGGCCACGGCUACACCACGCACCACGCCAACGACUCCGCGGCGAGCGGCGUCGGCACCCUGCCCAGCCCAGUUGGGUUUGCGGACUCCGGUCACGACGGUAACCCCCAUCAGCGGAGCCUCUUUGACACCAUUAGUCCCGUGAAUUCUACGCCGGACAGGCGGGUUCGUCCUUGA